AUGGUUCGCGAAACAAAGUACUAUGAUAUCCUUGGCGUCUCGCCAACUGCCACAGAGCAAGAGUUGAAGAAGGCAUACAAGGUCGGUGCCCUCAAGUACCACCCUGACAAGAACGCCCACAACCCUGCCGCUGAGGACAAGUUCAAGGAGAUCUCCCACGCCUAUGAAGUCCUUUCCGACUCAAACAAGCGCCAAAUUUACGACCAGUAUGGCGAGGCUGGGCUAGAAGGCGGCGCGGGCGGUGGUGGCAUGGCUGCCGAGGACCUGUUUGCUCAGUUCUUCGGUGGCAACAGCUUUGGCGGCGGCCUCGGCGGCAUGUUCGGCGGCGGUGGCAUGGCGAGCCGCGGCCCACCAAAGGCCCGCACCAUUCACCACACCCAUAAGGUCUCGCUCGAGGACAUCUACCGGGGCAAGGUCUCCAAGCUGGCGCUGCAGCGGUCCAUCAUCUGCCCCAAGUGCGAGGGUCGUGGCGGCAAAGAGGGCGCCGUGCGCGUCUGCACUGGCUGCGACGGCCACGGCAUGAAGACCAUGAUGCGCCAGAUGGGCCCGAUGAUCCAACGGUUCCAGACGGCCUGCCCUGACUGUAACGGCGAGGGUGAGAUCAUCAAGGAGAAGGACCGGUGCAAGAACUGCAGCGGCAAGAAGACUGUGGUCGACCGCAAGGUGCUGCACGUUCACGUCGACCGUGGCGUUAAGAGCGGCACGCGCGUCGAGUUCCGCGGCGAGGGCGACCAGGCUCCCGGCAUCCAGGCCGGCGACGUUGUCUUUGAGAUUGAGCAGAAGCCCCACGCCCGCUUUACCCGGCGGGAAGACGACCUGCUGUACAAGUGCGAGAUCGAGCUGGUCACCGCUCUGGCCGGUGGCACCAUCUUUAUCGAGCACCUUGACGAGCGGUGGCUCAGCGUCGAUAUCUUGCCCGGCGAGGCGAUCGCACCCAAUGCUGUCAAGAUGAUCCGUGGCCAGGGUAUGCCGACGUACCGCCACCACGACUUUGGCAACAUGUUCAUCAAGUUCGACGUCAAGUUCCCCGAGAAGCAGUGGACCCAGGACGAGUCCGCUUUUGAGGCGCUCCGCAAACUGCUGCCGCCCCCGCUUCCGGUCAACAACCCGCCAAGUGAGGCGAUGACGGAACCGGCCGAUCUCGAGGACGUCGACGCCCAGUCCGGCUCCCGCGGUUUCGCUACCGGUAAUGGCAGUGCCAUGGAGGAGGACGGCGAGGACGGUGAGCCGCAGGCUGAGCGGGUGCAGUGCGCGUCGCAGUAA